CGGGUAUAGGGUAUUAUAUUAGUAACCGCGGGACGUGUUUUGCCUACCUGACAUCGUACCUGUGUACUGACGUGGUUUGCAAUCUUUUUUUCUAGCUUUCCCACUCAAACGUCAACAUGUCCGAACAGCAGAACGAAGAGGAGACGACACAACAGGAAGAACAGACAGAAGAACAACAAGAGGACCAAGAAGAGGCAAAAGAGGGAGAGGGCGAAGGAGGAGAUAAAAAGAAAGAGGAAAAAAAAGAAAAGCCAAGCAUUGAAGACAGACGUCAUCGACAAUACAAAAAACAAUUAAAUAAAAUGCAGGAAACACUCAAUGAGGAGAAAAGUAAAAUAGUCAAACCAGAAUAUACACCCUAUACCCCCUAUAUAUGGAAUAGUUUAACCCCAUAUUAUGAAACAAAUACAGUGCAAUAUUUGAUGGACUUGCCAAAUGAAGUAAGACAUGGUUAUAUAAAUAGAAAUACAGCUCAAGGUUUGGUAGAUCCAGAAGUCUCACACAGAAUGGAUAUUGAACUUGAUCCAGUUCCUAAUGACAUUGUUAUGACACCUCGGGACAAAUCAGGCAAAAAAGACAAUAAUAAGAAAAGCAAGAAGAAGGAAGGCAGCACAAGACUACCAAAAUGGCCUGUUGUUAGAAUGGAUGAUACUGAUUUGAAUCAAGAAAUUGACUGGAGUGACGUACCAAAACUAAGAGAGGAGCUUAGAACCAAGUACAGUACAGGGGCACAGCAAAGAAUAAAAUAUGACUACACACGAACAAAACAAGACUGGACAAGAAUGGAUCUUGAUGAAUUGAAAAAAGUUCACCCUGUCACAAAAAGCCAUAUGAAAGUAACCUGCAAUGCCUAUUUGGGAACCACGCCGGGCUCGAAAAGAGCAGUCACAACACUAUCCAAAACGCUUGAUGAUUAAUCUUCCAUAGAAUUAUAUUCAUCAAAUAUUAUUGGUAUUAAUAUGUAUGCAACAUUAUUUCUACAUUACAACUAUUUUUUUUACCAUAUCCAUGUUUUGGUGACAUUCCCAGCAUGCAUCAUUUUGACAUCUGCCCCAGCAUGCAACAUUACUUCUGCAUUGUAACAACUACUUUUUUUUUACCAUAUCCAUGUUUUGGUGACAUUCCCAGCAUGCAUCAUGUUGACAUCUGCCCCAUCAUGCAACAUUACCUCUGCAUUGCCACAACUUUUUUUGUUUUUUACCAUAUCCACAUUUUUGUGAUCUUUCCCAGCAUGCAUCAUCUUGACAUCUGUCCCAGCAUGCAAUAUUUGAUUUUACAGACUGAAACAAAAAAUUUCAACUUUGCACUUUGUAUGAUAUUUUUCGACCAUAUAGAAAUGUUAGCAGACUAUUUUACAAAUAUGUCUUUCUUAGUUGGCAUUUUAUUUUAAUUACUUUCUUUCGUCUCUUGCUAACUUGCUAAUUCAACGGAAAAUGAGAUUUCAAAAAUGAGAUUGACUAAUAUGUACAUUAGCUAUUUCAAAAUGUUUCACACUAAUUUAAAUUUGAUUUGGCAGAGUCAUAUAAUACUAGUAACGGUACAUCACAUUAAUACGUAUGGCAAACCGCAGGAAAAGAGAACUUGGAAUGUAAUCGUAGUACACAACAUCAAAUCUCAAUAUUAUUAUGACUUAUAGUUGCAGCGAAACCUCCUAAAUUAUUGCAUGUUGCAGUAAGCUUAGUACAUCAAUUAAAUAAAAAUAUUUGUGCCAAAUAUUAAAUAUUCGAGUGUUUGUUUGUGACAAAUUAACUCCAAUUGAUGGUAGUAAUUAAUGUAUUAGAGAAUAAUUGAUCCUCCAUCAUCUACAUAAAUAAGGCAAAACAAAAAUAUUUAUUUCUAGUUGCAAUGUGUGUUGGUCGAAAGAGACUGCUCACUGUUUUGUUUAUGGUUUCUGCAAAAAUGGCCAAACGAAUUAAAAAAAAAAGGCAUAUCAAUGUACCAUUGUUUUUGACAUCUCAAAAGCAGAAACUACACUUUUAACAGACUAAGACAAGGUUAUACAUUGGCUGUGGUAUGCAAUGAAAAACAUUUUCUGUGCAGACUGAAAAAAAAAAAUUAAAAAAAGGGUUUUGCGUUACGAAUACCCUUCUCCCUCUUCCAGUUUCGCCUUUUGAUCACCUGUGAUAUAGUGACUAAACUAAAACAAGAAUAAUUACUAAUAUGAAUCGGUGUUUGUGAUUUAAUCUAUUAUGACUUGGGGAAAAAAAUACUGUAAAAUUUUUACUACUUGGAAUUUUUUUAGAAUUUUAUGGCAUUCGAGGAGAGAUCAGUUUGGAAAGUCAUUGUUGUAUCAACCCAGAAAAAAUUUGACUGCUACAAAAAUUUCUGAUUUUCACUGUUUCCAGAAAUCUUUCUCUUGUGAAAUUAGAUUGGUAUACAGUAGUCAUACAAUGUACAAUCAUACACCAAUUAAGAACAGAUAGAUUGGUUUCUGCAGUAAAUUUAUAGCAAAUCUCAUCACAAUACUAUGACAUAACAAUUCUAUAAAAACUUAAAUUUGUUCACAGUGAUAAGUCUACUAAAUAAUAUAUAGACCUCAGAUUGUUUUUGAAAUUAAAAAUGGCUGCCAAAGUUUCUAUGGAAACAAGUACAGCAAAUUUACAUAAUUUGUAGUGUUAUUUCUAUAUUUUCCUGGUGUUUCAAUAACUCUAACGACAUGUACUCCAGUAUGCGUUCAGAUCAUAUUAAGUAAACGUUUGUAGUUUAUUUUAUGUGUAAUUUUAAUCAAAAGAGUGCGAGUGUGGGUUUAUUGGUGCAUAUUAGUGUACAUAUUUACAAAUAAAAGAACUAUUUCAUA